AUGGUGUCCCAAAAGGCCGUGGCCGUCCUGCUUGUGGUACAUGUGGCCACCAUGCUGGCCUCCCAGACAGAAGCCUUUGUUCCCAUCUUUACCUACAGCGAACUCCAGAGGAUGCAGGAAAGGGAGCGGAACAAAGGACAAAAGAAAUCCCUGAGUUUACAGCAGAGGUCUGAGAACACAGAGGCUCAGGAUGCUACAGAGCCCACAAAGGAAGAAGAAAGGAUAAUUAUCAAGCUGACUGCUCCGGUGGAAAUUGGAAUGAGGAUGAACUCCAGGCAGCUGGAAAAGUACUGGGCCGCCCUGGAAGGGCUGCUGAGCAAGCAGCUGAGUGACGAACGCUGCUCCGGGAAUAAGGGAGUCUGA